UGCCGGGGGGUUAUAAGACAGGGCGAGGCGGGCGGGGGCAGGAUCCUGCCCAGGAUGUCUGCGAGUCUGGAGAGCCGAUCUAGAGACAAUGGCCCCGAGGGAAUGGACCCCGAUGGCAUCAUUGAGAGCAACUGGAAUGAGAUCGUUGACAGCUUUGACGACAUGAACCUGUCGGAGUCCCUGCUGCGGGGAAUCUACGCCUACGGGUUUGAGAAGCCCUCCGCCAUCCAGCAGCGAGCCAUUCUUCCUUGUAUCAAGGGUUACGAUGUCAUUGCACAAGCUCAGUCUGGCACUGGGAAGACGGCCACCUUCGCCAUCUCGAUCCUCCAGCAGAUCGAGCUGGACCUCAAGGCCACCCAGGCCUUGGUGCUGGCCCCCACCCGUGAGUUAGCCCAGCAGAUCCAGAAGGUGGUGAUGGCCCUCGGGGACUACAUGGGGGCCUCGUGCCACGCCUGUAUCGGGGGCACCAACGUCCGGGCCGAGGUGCAGAAGCUGCAGAUGGAAGCCCCCCAUAUCAUUGUGGGGACCCCGGGCCGUGUCUUCGACAUGUUGAACAGGAGAUACCUGUCUCCCAAAUUCAUUAAGAUGUUCGUGCUGGACGAAGCCGACGAGAUGCUGAGCCGGGGCUUCAAGGAUCAGAUUUACGACAUAUUCCAGAAGCUGAGCGGGAACACCCAGGUGGUGCUCCUGUCGGCCACGAUGCCCAUGGACGUGCUGGAGGUGACCAAGAAGUUCAUGCGGGACCCGAUCCGCAUCCUGGUGAAGAAGGAGGAGCUGACCCUGGAGGGCAUCCGGCAGUUCUACAUCAACGUCGAGAGAGAGGAGUGGAAGCUGGACACUCUCUGCGAUCUCUACGAGACCCUGACCAUCACCCAAGCCGUGAUCUUCAUCAACACCCGCCGGAAGGUGGACUGGCUCACCGAGAAGAUGCAUGCCCGGGACUUCACCGUCUCUGCCAUGCACGGAGACAUGGACCAAAAGGAGCGGGACGUGAUCAUGCGGGAAUUUCGCUCCGGCUCCAGCCGGGUCCUCAUCACCACUGACCUGCUGGCCCGUGGCAUUGACGUGCAGCAGGUGUCGCUCGUCAUUAACUACGACCUGCCCACCAACCGGGAGAACUACAUCCACAGGAUCGGCCGAGGGGGGCGCUUCGGCCGCAAGGGGGUGGCCAUCAACAUGGUGACGGAGGAGGACAAGCGCACCCUGCGCGACAUCGAGACCUUCUACAACACCUCCAUCGAGGAGAUGCCCUUGAACGUGGCCGACCUCAUCUGAGCGCCCCCCGCGGGGCGCCCCGGGCGCUGCCCCUCGCGCGCCGGCGCCGGACACUUUUUUUAAUUAUUUUCCUCUUUUUUUUUUUUUUUUGAUUUAUUUUUGUUUUGUUGUUGUUGGUUCUUUUGAAUAAAUGUCACUUUUUGGAGGUGAAAAAAAAAAAUCCACUUUAGUGUUUCGUGGCAUUUCUCUGGUCUCUGUCCACUUCUCGCUGUCUCAUGCCGGGGGUCCCCCCCCUUCUCCCCCGUUUCCUUCGUGUUCCUAGAACCGGCUGUGCCCGGACGCCUGGGUUCCAGAACCCAGGCGUCCGGGCUGUGGGCGGGGAGAGAACCCAGGCUAGCCCCUCUUUAACUGAGGGGGCGCAGGUGGGAUCCUGGCUCCUGUCCGCUAAGACGCCCCUGGGAUGUGCCAGCUUCUCUCCCCGCUCCAGCGUAAGAACCCCGGAGUCCUGCUCUCCCAGCCCCGCCCCCCAUACAAUCUGGCCGUCUCUUAACGAGCCCCCCAAGCUACCCCACCCUGAUCCUGGUGCUAAAUCGAACUGCUUGCAAGUCGGACCUACCUCAGGGUUGGUAGCUGUCGGGGGGAGGGAGCCCCCCCAAAUCAGUUGCCCCCCAAACAUUAAGCUAGAAAUUUCUCCCCCCCCGCACUCAAUUUUUUUCUCCCCCCCCCCACCCAACAAAAUUGUGUGCGACCUUUUUACUUUUUUUUGUAUAGUAUUUAUUGAAAGGAAACGAACGUACCAAAUAAAAAUCUUCUUUCAAAAUGG